AUGUUUGCUGUACCAGGAUGGUCCGUGGCGGCAGACACCCUCAAGUCUGAGACGCAGUCCGCUGGCAACAAUGCUCCCGCCUCAAAACCCAGGAAGCGCAAGCGAGCAGGCGCCGCUGCCGCCGCUGCUGCUAUCGAAGGCGUCACAGCCUCGACGGUUGCCGACCUGUGGGCAUCUGUCAUCGAGGGCAAGAAGAGCGAUGAUCCGAAGCCCGGACAGGCUGCCAAGCGGCAGAAGAAGGGCGGCAAGGGAGAUGUGAAGGCCGCCGGUGCCAAGGAUGAGAGCGGCGACAAGAAGAGUGAGCAGGAGGGUGAGAAGGAGAGUGAGACGCAGCCCAAGCAAAAGAAGGACAAGAAGAACAAGAAGCAGAAGCAGAAGCCCACAGACGAUGCCGAUGCCGCCACCUCAGAGCCGACCUCAACAGCAAAGACCGAGGCCGUCACCAAGGCCGUCGCACCUCCCGCUCCCAAACUCACACCCCUCCAAGCGUCCAUGAGAGAGAAGCUCAUCUCGGCGCGGUUCCGGCACCUCAACGAGACGCUGUACACGCGCCCUUCCGAGGAGUCGUACCAGCUCUUCGACGAGUCCCCCGAGAUGUUCGACGAGUACCACGAGGGCUUCCGCCGCCAGGUCAAGGUCUGGCCCGAGAACCCCGUCGACAGCUUCCUCAAGGACAUCCGUGGCCGCGGCCGUACGGUGCUGCCCCGGACGAACCAGGAGUGCACCAUUGCCGACCUUGGGUGCGGCGACGCCCGCCUCGCCGAGGCCCUGCAGACCGACGGCAAGAAGCUGCGAGUCACCGUCAAGAGCUUCGAUCUCCAAAGCCCUAGCCCGCUCGUCACCAAAGCCGACAUCGCCAACCUGCCCCUCCCCGACGGCUCCAUCAACGUGGCCGUCUUCUGCCUCGCCUUGAUGGGCACCAACUGGGUCGACUUUGUUGAGGAGGCCUACCGCAUCCUGCACUGGAAGGGCGAGCUCUGGGUUGCUGAGAUCAAAAGCCGCUUCGGCCCCAUCCGCAAAAAGAACGCCCCCGUCACCCACAGCGUUGGAAACCGCAAGAAGAUUCAGAAGGCCAAGGGCAAGGGCGCCGACGACGGCAAUAACGACGAAGACCUGUCUGUCGAGGUAGACGGUAUGGAGGACCGCCGCCGCGAGACGGAUGUCUCCGCCUUUGUUGAGGUGCUCAAGUCCCGCGGCUUCGUGCCCCAGGGCGACCGUGAGGCGAUCGAUCUAUCCAACAAGAUGUUUGUCAAGAUGCACUUCAUCAAGGCUGCACAGCCGACCAAGGGCAAGGGAGUGAAGCCGCAGGAGCCUCCUAGGGGGAGGAGGCCCAUCAUCCGCAAGAUUGAUCCGAUCGACGAGCAGCCCGAGGUGAACGAGGCUUCCAUCCUAAAGCCCUGCGUCUACAAAAUUCGAUAG